UUGAAAGACAAACUAUGUUUUAUUUCCCUAGUGUCCCGAAAACCAUUAAUCCUGUACCUUUUCUGUGUUUUCUGAUCAUCCUCCUUUGUCACCUUGCUGAUGCCGCCCCUCCAUAUUGGAAAUGCUCAAAUGUUAGUUAUACAGAUAACAGUCGGUUUCAUAAAAACUUAGGCGAUCUUCUCAUUUGUUUACCUUCGAAUGCUUCUGUUUCCAAGUAUUACAAUACGUCCACUGGAAAUGAUCCUGACAGAGUAUAUGGCCUCUAUAUGUGCUUUGACUAUGUCGCGAAUGAAAUGUGUCGGCGCUGCAUAAACACCGCGCAAUCAGACAUGCUGACGCUUUGUCCACACUCAAAAGAAGCGGUUGUGUGGGAGGAUUCCUGCCUAUUGCGCUACUCCAAUGAGAAUUUCUUCGGCAGAUUGAAUGUAAGAGACAACAUCGCCGACGAGAAUUCACAGAAUAUUUCAGACCCGAAAAAGUUUGAGUCUGUUUUGAAUGAGACGUUUAAUCGCCUCGCUAAGCAAGCGGCUUAUAAUCUCUCUGCUGCUGAGAUGCAUGCUACUGAAGAAGUAGCCUUUGAAGAUAAACUGAUAUAUGCUUUUGUGCAGUGCACUACCGACUUAUCUAGAGAUGACUGUGAUAAAUGCCUUGCGAGAGCCAAAGAAGACGUUUUAACAUUGUAUCAUUUCUCCGUUGGUGCAAGACUUAUGAGUCGUAGUUGCUAUCUGAGGUUUGAGUUAUAUGCCUUCUAUACUGCCGGAGCAUCCGAAGCUUCUGCGCCUCGCUCUCCAAAUAAGAAUGGUAGCCGCAAGAAAAUAUUGUUGAUCACAAUCCUUACAGUUGUGUCAGCAUGCCUGGCAAUACUACUUUUGGGUUCCUGUGUCUAUCUUGCAGUGAGAAAAAGAAAUAAAGAAGGUGGUUAUAGUCUUUUUUUUUUCUUUUUUUCUUUUUUUUUUUUUUCAGGAAGAAAUUAUCGAAAAGCUCAGGACCCCUAUAUCAGUUUGGCAGCUAUACAUGCAGCUACUUCCAACUUCUCUGAUUCAAAUAAGCUUGGAGAAGGUGGUUUUGGUCCUGUUUACAAGGGUAUACUAAAUGAUGGAAGGGAAGUGGCAAUCAAAAGGCUUUCAAGCUUGUCCGAGCAAGGUUUAGAGGAAUUCACAAAUGAAGUUCUACUGAUAAUGAAACUUCAGCACAAAAAUCUUGUCCGGCUUUGCGGUUUUUGCUUAGACGGAGAGGAGAAGCUCCUUGCAUAUGAAUUCAUGCCAAAUAGCAGCCUAGAUGUCAUCCUCUUUGAUUCAAAGAAACGUGCACGACUUGAUUGGAGCCGGCGCAUAAGCAUUAUCAGUGGGAUUGCAAGGGGGAUUCUUUAUUUGCAUGAGGACUCUCGACUUAGAAUCAUCCAUAGAGACCUUAAAGCUAGCAAUAUAUUAUUAGACAAUGACAUGAAUCCAAAGAUCUCAGACUUUGGCAUGGCUAGGAUCUUUGUAGGAAGUGAAGGAGAAGCUAAUACUGCUACAAUAGUUGGCACUUAUGGAUAUAUGGCUCCAGAAUACGCAAUGGAGGGACUGUACUCCGUAAAGUCUGAUGUUUUUGCCUUUGGAGUACUCUUGAUUGAGAUCAUAACUGGGAGAAGGAACGCUGGCUUUCAUCUGAUAAGACGCGUUCCUAGCCUCAUAGCAUAUGCAUGGCAAUUAUGGAAUGAAGGAAACGGGCUAGAGCUGAUGGAUCCGUUAAUGGUUGAUUCAUGUGACGCCGAUGAAUUUUUAAGAUAUCUCCAUAUUGGAUUGUUGUGUGUUCAAGAAGAUGCGGAUGACCGGCCAACCAUGUCUAAUGUUGUUGUCAUGUUGAAAAGUGAAACAGUAACUCUUAGCCCACCUGAAAAACCUGCUUUCUCUACAGGAAGGUUUGCUGAUCAUUGUGAGAUGAGGGCUGAUCAUAUUAGCUCAAUCAAUGAACAAUCAGUUUCUGAUGUUGUGCCACGGUCUUUGUAUCCAACUGUGCUCCAUCUUUGGAAAAUGGACAAAAGUGCACUUUCUGUUUUGCUUUUCAUGAUUAUACAACUAGCAAUCCCUGCCACCCUCUUUGGUGUAGAUCCUACCAUUUUUUGUUCACCUACUGCCAGAAACUACACUCCUAAUAGCCAAUUUGAGAAUAAUCUGAAGCAGCUACUUGAGUCAUUGUCUUCAAACACUUCAAUCUCAGGCGGUUUCUACAACACCACUAUUGGAAAUAACACUGACAGAGUCUAUGGACAAGCACUUUGUAGAGGGGAUGUGAACUCUACAGUUUGUCGAAACUGCGUCUAUGAGGCGAGCCAGGAGCUCUUCAAGAGAUGUAAUACGAAUGAUGCAAUGAUAUGGUACGAAGCAUGUCAAGUCCGCUAUUCCUUCCAGAUGUUCUUUUCAUUGAUGGUUUAUAUUGGAAAUUAUCCAAAGCAGGAUAGUCGGGAGAAGAGAGUGUCAAAUCCGGAUAGCUUUAGUCAUGUUUUGAUUUAUUUGAUGAAAAACCUGUCCGAUGAGGCUGCCUUUAAUCCUUCUAAGCAUAUGUUUGCAACUGGGGAAGUAAAAUUUUCAGGGAAGAAAAAUAUUUAUGGUCUGCAACAGUGCACGAGAGACAUCUCCGAAAGUAACUGCAAAACAUGUUUGGUUUCUGCUUUAGGGGAUCUUUGGGCUUGCUGCUCUUCUAACCAAGGUGGUGCCGUUGUGGGUAGGAAUUGCAAUGUGAGGUUUGAGAUGUUCCGAUUUUUUGACGACAUGUCAAGCUCUCUGUUAAUUUACCCAUAUUUCGAAGGAGAUAAACGGAAGACGUUGAAGGUGGUGGUUAUAUGUGCAUCAACUUUUCUGUUAGCAUUUCUCAUUGUCUGUUGUAAUGUCCAUCGCCGGCGGAAAAAGGGAUUAGAAGAAUUAAAAGAAAACAGCCAGCAUGUACUAUUACAUGAUUUGGCAAGCCCGACCAGCGUCACGAUCACAGAAGAUAGACAAUUGACAAGUUCUGAGGAGCUGGCCUUCAUGAAUCUAGCUGCUAUUAGGGUAGCUACAGAUGACUUUUCAGAUUCAAACAAGCUUGGACAAGGUGGGUUUGGCACUGUUUACAAGGAAGUAGCUGUUAAAAGACUGUCAAGAAAAUCAUGGCAAGGCUUGGAGGAGUUUAAAAAUGAGGUCAUACUCAUUGCAAAACUUCAACACAGAAACCUUGUGCGGCUCUUGGCAUGCGGCUUUGAAGGAGAGGAAAAGCUGCUUUUGUAUGAGUUCAUGCCAAAUAAAAGCCUUGAUACUUUUAUCUUCGAUUCGGAAAGACGAGCUGAACUCAAUUGGAAAACAUACUACAACAUUAUUGAAGGUAUUGCCAGAGGACUUCUGUAUCUUCAUGAAGACUCCCGGCUUAGAGUCAUUCAUAGGGAUUUAAAGCCCAGCAAUGUAUUGUUGGACCAUGAAAUGGUUGCCAAAAUAUCAGACUUUGGCUUGGCAAGGAUAUUUUGUGAACGUCAGAACCCCACUAAAACUAGAAGAGUUGUGGGAACAUAUGGAUACAUGGCUCCAGAGUAUGCAAUGGAGGGUCUAUUUUCUGUAAAAUCUGAUGUUUUCAGCUUCGGUGUAAUCUUGCUUGAGAUCAUUGGUGGGAAAAGGAAUAGUGGAUUCUACCUUACGGAACAUGCGAAGACACUCAUUGCAUACGCAUGGCGACUAUGGAAGGCAGGAAAAGAAUUGGAAUUUGUGGAACCUUUGUUGAUGGAAUCUUGCACAAAAACAGAGGUUUUGAGAUGCAUGCACAUUGCGCUUCUGUGCGUCCAGGAAGACCCUGCAGAAAGACCAACCAUGUCAGCUGUGGUUGUAUUGCUUGGAAGUGAAUCAGUUGAUCUUCCCGAACCAAAGCAGCCAGCAAUAUUUGCUGUACGUAGAGUUCUUCCAGUUAAUGAGUCUAUAACUGAUCCUUCUGCAAAUGGUCUCACUAUGUCCAUAAUUGCGCCAAGGUGAAUCCGUUCUCUUGCUCGUGUAGUGAGAUUGUAAAUUGAAAACUGCUGUAUUUUAGCAUUUGAAAGUGAUAUAUGUGAUGCAUAAAAUUAAUUGCAUGGGAGGUCAGUCCAUGGCAUUGCAAUGUUAUGUUGUAAUAUGUUGUAAUAAAAAACAGUUUCUCCAUAUUAUAAAGUAGUAGAAGCAUCACAGACAUGCAAUGCAUGUAGAGUGCGAUGCAAGUAAUUGACAAGUAGAAAGAGAAGUCAUGAAGGUCCGCUUUCUUACUCUCCUUUCAAUUAUAUGUAAAACUCAGUUUGGGAUUUUCCUAUCUGAUUG